AUGGGAGACCUGAACUUCCGGUUAGACGGGCUGGACAAACCUACUGUAGAAAAGCUCGUUGACCAGAAACGCUUCUCCGAACUAAUUUCUCACGACCAGUUAUCCAGAAGUAGAAGGAAAAAGUUGAUUUUCAUCGACUUUCUCGAGGGCGAUAUUGACUUUCCCCCAACGUUCAAGUUUGAUAAGGGGACUGAUCAGUAUGAUAGC